AAUAUAAAAAAUUGUUGAAAAAACCACCCAAAAACUUACCCCCAGUAGAGUAAGGUUCCACCAAGCCCGACCCGACCCGACAGUGCACUAUCUUGCAGGUUGCAGCAGCAGCCGCUCCAUUUCCAGGGUCCAGGGUUCAGCCUCCUCUCUUCUGUUUCUUCUUGUUUCUCCGUCAAUAGUCUCCAUACUCGACGGGACCUGGCUUGGCUUGGGUUUCUCGUGGGAAGUCAUUAUGUGUGAUGAUGAAAAUGAUGGUUUGUGGAUUAUCGACAAAGCUGUUGAACAUAUGCAUAGCUUCAUUUUGUAAAGUCCGGCUAUUGGAGAAAGCAGAAGCCAUUGUAAUUGACGGUAUAAGAUUGGGGGUGAUUCCAGAUGUGGUAACUUACAAUACUUUGGUUAGUGCAUAUUCUCGGUUUGUUAGCUUAGAUGCAGCUUAUUCUGUUAUUCAUAGAAUGAAAGAAGCUGGGAUAAGUCCAAAUGUCAUUACUUACAAUUCUUUGAUGUCCGGGGCGACCUGGAAUUGCUUAUUGUCACGAUCCCUGGAUUUGUUUGAGGAAAUGUUACUAGCAGGUAUACAUCCUAAUUUAUGGAGCUACAACAUUCUGAUGCAUUGUUUCUUUAAAUUAGGAAAACCUGAUGAAGCCAACAGAGUAUUUCAGGAUAUUUUACUUAGCAAUCUUACUCCCCACCCAUCUACGCUUAACAUAAUGAUUAAUGGCCUUUGUAUCAAUGGAUACAUCGAUAAUGCCCUUAUGUUAUAUAGGAAUUUGCGACGCCAUGGAUUUGUUCCCCAAUUGGUGACAUACAAUAUUCUUAUCAACGGGUUAUGCAAGGCACGCAAAUUGAGACAAGCAAGGAGAAUUCUUAAGGAACUUGGGGAAUCAGGUCAUGAGCCAAAUCUCAUAACCUACACUACAGUUAUGAAAUACUGCUUUAGGUCCAACAAGUAUGACAAAGGGCUUGAGAUUAUGUCAGUUAUGAUGGGUAAAGGGUAUACUUUUGAUGGCUAUGCAUACUGCACAGUCGUUGCUGCUUUGGUUAAGACUGGGAGGAUAGAAGAGGCAAAUGCUUGCAUGGAACAGACAAUAAGGAACGGCAUUGAACUUGAUUUAGUAUCUUACAACACCUUACUCAAUAUGUAUUGUAGAGAAGGUAAGUUUGAAGCUGCCUAUAAGCUGUUGGAUGAAAUGGAGAAUGGAGGUCUGCUGUGUGACAAGUAUACCCACACAAUUAUAAUUGAUGGAUUGUGUAAGGCCGGUAAUAUUAGUGGGGCUCAAAAACAUUUACAUUAUAUGAAAAUGAUGGGCUUCCAUGAAAACUUGGUUGCCCUCAACUGCAUGAUUGAUGGCUUAUGUAAAGCUGGUCAAAUCGAUCGUGCAAUGGAAUUGUACAAAUCAAUGGAGACUAAAGAUUCAUUUACCUACACCUCCUUGGUGCACAAUCUUUGCAAGGCUGGAAGGUUUCGAUUGGCAUCCAAGCUUAUGAUGAAAUGUUUAAGACAUGGGAAGAAAAUACCCAAGGCUACCCAACGGGCUGUCUUUGAUGGUCUUUAUAGUUCAGGGUUUACAGACGAAGCAAGGAAGCUUUGGUGGAAAAUUCGAGUGGCUCGAAUAUUGCAUUAGAAACCGGCUAUGCUUUUGGUGCUGAAAAUGACAUAACCUAGAGAACUAUCCUAGUUGGAUUGGCAUUUUGGUCAGCACCAUGAAAGAGGCCCCCUUUAGCCAUAUUAUGUAAACACAGUGUUUUUGGGCUGUUGAGCCUGCUCUACCAAGCAGAGAUUAUUAAUAUUGAAGUGUAAUGUUGAAUCUGAAUGAAAGUUGACUAACUAGCUUGCAACUGCCUUGCAUUGCUAGACUAAAAGUGGUUCUGCCUGUGUGUAUGAUGGGAAGACACUACUUGUAGUAAACAAACAACUUGCCAUAUUCAUGUAUGACUGGACAAGUCCAGAAACAUUUUCUCAAAGUCAACUGUCAGCCACACUGGUUUCCUCGGUUGAUGGGCUCAAUGGUAACUGGUUAGCAUUAUUAAGAACAGUUUGGAUAAAACUCUGGACAACUACUCCUGAGAGGUAAACUUGUGUACUGCAGCCUACUUUUCAUGUGAGUAUUUUGACAUGAAAUUUGGAUAAAUUGGUUUCUCAAAUACAUUCAUGGUUGCACGAGAUAGAAUGAUAGAGAUUUCAUCACCCAAAAGGGAAAAAGGACGGUUAACUUUACUUCCUAAAAGUUAAGGAUUGCAAACUUGUGCAUUUUCUAUUGUAAAAACAAGUCCGAGGAAAUCCAUGAUUCUCUUUGCUAUUUGUUGUUCUUUUCCUUAACUUAAUACUGGAAUGAUGUUUUGGCAAUUCUUUUGGGGCAAGAUCUGAGAGAUAAUAUUUUCAAAUAAUAUUCUUUGAAAGAAAAGUAUAUCCAAAAUUUUACCAAAAAAACGUUCAUCGGUUACUUUAUUUAUAUAUGUCUUCCUAUAUCUUUUCUCUCUACCAGACUAUCUUUUGUCAACUUAUUCAACUGUGUUGAUAGAGAAGUGUUAAAUUCAAAUAGUUGAUGUUGUUCUUGUCAUUUAAAAGAAGUUUAUGUUUGAUGGGUUUCUGUUAUUGUGUAUUUGUGUGCGUGCACGCUUAUACACUGCAAAAAGAGAAGGGCUGACUAUAUAACUAGUUUUCAAACAGAUUGAAGCUGAGAUGCGCAGAUGCUAAGAUAGAAGUUGGAUAAUGGUCACGGAGAUUCAGAUGUUAAGUUCAGAGGUUCAAACUACAUGUGUUAUUAUCCAGAUCCAGUUGUCCAAACCAAAAAUGGUCACAGGGUAGGUAGAAAGAGAAAAAAUAAAAAAUAAAAAAUAAAAAAGAGAUGGAAAUAUGGAUUGCUGUUUAGCAGAAAAAGCGGGGUGUCUUUCUGUGUUAUUCGUGAUGUUUUUAGGUCGUCCGGUCGAUUUAUUUAUUUAUUUCAUCAUUAAAGUAAAAAGGUUUUUUGCAAGCUGCAUUGGAUGUUAUCCCGAUAACAAUUAUUGAUGAAAAAAACUAAACCUUGAAUGAAAAUGCAAGAGAGGAGGGAUUAGUAUGACACUUCUCUUUAUAAUGCCUAGUACGAGACUUGUCUUUAUAUAGCAGAGUAAGGAUUAGGAUUCUUCGACAUCGGAUGAGAUUAGAGUGAGUCGUAAAGCAUACUGUCAAUUAGGAGCUGACUUGGACUUCUAGUAGCUCAGGCUUCUGUAGAGUCUAUUCUAUAAUUCUGAAGUUGGAACUUGCUCAUCUUGUUGUUUACCGUUCUGCUGCUGAUGUUGGUUAGCUGGGCAUCAAGCAUCUCUAAUUGAAGAUUCAAUUUGCUGAUAUGGAUCGUGUUUCAACCAGAACCCCGUCUACAGCCAAAUAGUUUCCUCAGGAUUGAAUUUAAUUCUUUAUUGGAAUAUGAACCCUCAUUUGAAAUUCAGCUGUCAUAUAGCGAUCAGUUAGCGUACAGACUACCUAGUUUGUAGUCUGUAUCGCUAGCUGAUCCAUUUUUCCUUUUGUUUUUUAUUUUUUGUCCGUUUAAUAAGAGAUUGAU